AUGAGUUUUGUUCAGUACUCACGCCUGAUCACAUGCUGGCUGUGUCUCUUUCUGCGUCCUGCGCAGACCAAGAGCAAGAGGGAGCUCAUCGAAUACUUGAUGCAGACAGCGCCCAGAGACAUGCUAGCACGGCUGCGACUCUUGGGGACCGUGAAAAAUGCGGUGAAGUCGAAGACCCAAGCUGAGAUGCUGGAGGCGGUGAAGGAGGUGUGGAGGCUCCGGGCCCGCGACAAUGUUGAGAUCCUACAGAACUGCGACAAUCUCGAAAAACCUUUGCCUAUGCAGCCUGGAUUGCUGACGCCUGGGUUGGUGAAAGGCGCUCCGGCGGAGGCGGAGCCGGUGCCCGAGCCGCCGCCCGACGGAGAGGAUGUCCAGGAGAUUGAGGUGAUCAUCGCGCAGGGCACAGACAAUGAAGCAGAGGACUCGGACGAAGAGGAGCCGCGCGAAGAGGAUGUGUCCCAAAGCAGCGAUGCUGCAAAGGAAAGCUCCCGGCCAAACUCAGCAGCGGAAAACUCAGCGCCAAUCGCGACAGUGACAAAGCCAACGGCUCGGGUUUUGCCGCCCUGGAAGCAAACACCGCCCAGUGCAGCCCCCAAAGCGACUGCAGUGCCCAGUGCAGCCCCCAAAGCGACUGCGGUGCCCAGUGCAGCCCCCAAAGCGACUGCGGUGCCCAGUGCAGCCACCAAAGCGACUGCGGUGCCCAGUGCAGCCACCAAAGCGAGUGCGGUGCCCAGUGCAGCCACCAAAGCGACUGCGGCCGUGCCUUUCCCGAAAGGCAGUCAGCCGAGCACGUACAUGAUCGGGGGGCGCCAGGUGAAAAUUGUUGCACCACUGACAGCGGGGGUCGUCGAGGCACCAAUCCUCUCAGGCUUGACUGGCCGUCAGCCUCGCGAAAGGAUGGCGCUGCAACCUGCCAUGACGCCAAGUCCUCCCCCACCACGCCUGGCUGGCAUCACAGAGGAAACCGAGGUCCAACGAUCCAGGCCUUGUCAGGUGAUGCCAGUGGGGCGUGUGACGAUGGAGGCGACCGAGGAGGAGAGCGAGGAUGAGGCUCCACAGCCUAAGUGGCAAGCCUUGGUGGACAGAUUGUCCAGCUGCAUCCUAGGCGCGGUGGAGAAGCCAAGAGCUGAAGCGCCUGUGUUGCGGGAGGAUUUGGUGCCCGAGACGCCAAAAUUGCGGAGCUUGAAGAGCUUGAGCCUCUCGGAAGAGGAGCGGAUCCAGAUGGCCCUGGCCGACCUCUACUUGGGGGUGCCAGCCUGCAUCUCCGCCUCCAAGUCGGAGCUGCAAGCUGUAGGCAGAAGCUCCCAAGGCCGGAACCGAGCGGCUGGACAGAGAUUCUUCUAA